AUGUCUAUUCCGCGAUGGGUUGCUGUGGACGACGCCGACUCAAGAAUUCAGUACAUUGGUUCCGGAUGGUUCCAAGAUCAGGGAAGUCAGAAUGACAGGGGCAAUUUUGGGGCAUCGUACAAAAGCACUUUGCAUGGAACAAAGUCGAACGCGAGUUUAUCCUUUACUUUCAGCGGUGCGCAAGUCAAAGUCCUUGGGUUCAAUAACAUUCGCAACGAUUCAGGUGUCAUCGACCCGAGCUGGGAAUGUUUUGUGGACAACAUCAGCAUUGGACAAAGCAAACCAUCAAUAGCGGUGGACAACUACUGGACCAUGUGCGAUCAUGAUCAGCUUGUCGAUGGACAGCACGUCAUCACGGUGAACGCGACGGUCAUGAAAGAGCAGACUUUCUGGGUUGACCAAAUUCGGUAUGUACCGUCGUCGUAUGUCCCUCUUGACACGGCCGCUGUUGUUGUUGACAACACCGAUCCCGCAAUCACCUUCGGGGAUGGAUGGAGUAAUUUGGGCAACUUUUGCAAUGCAACAAACGCUGCAAAUUCAAUUGUGACCUUUCCAUUUAAUGGUGCAUCCGUGAGUUGGUAUGCGUUUAUACCAGAAACACCGCACACUCCAACAACUGGCAGUUAUUCUGUUGAUGGGGGGCCCCCUUCUAAUUUUAUUUUGAACGGCAUUCCUAUAAACUCGCCUGUGAAAAUCGAGUAUAAUCAAAAACUUUUCGAGACCCCUCAGUACGACCCAGGUCCGCACACACUCGUUGUGACUUAUCUAGGCAAUUCUUCAGCGACACCCCUUACUCUGGACUGGCUCAUUGUUCAGAAUGCUACGGCUACUCGCUCCUCGAAUGGAAGCUCAACAACCCAGGGAGGCUCAGAUGUUCCGAGCUCAAAACACACCAAAAACGUUGGCCCAAUCGUGGGCGGUGUCAUUGGAACUGUGGUAUUGAUUGGAAUUGCUGUCUGUGCGAUCCUAUAUUUCCGGAGAUGGGAGAGGAACCAAAAGAAGAAACCUAUUCUAGUGAAGGAAGCGCAGCUUGGCGCGGAUGAUAACAUGGCGAUUGUACCCUUUCAACUCUCUCCCAGCCUGCAGACGGGUGCUUCUGGUAGCUUUUAUGCAAACCACAGACCUCAGGGUAGCAUCACGACAUUCACUACGACUCGUCACGGCCCAAAGCCAAGUCAAAGCACUGUGGAUUUGAAGUCCACUACUCCGCCGAGCUUGACAUCGAGGAGCAGGACCCCUAUACCGACACCCUCUGGAAGCCAAGGCCGUUCAGUAUCACCAUAUGAGGGUAAUUUGGCCAAUUCAACUCGCUCAGAUCCUUUGCUUUCAGCUCGCAAUUAUCAAUCUCCCCCACCAAUUCAGCAACCUAUUGGAUCCGAAAAGGAAAGACGAGAAGCCGAAGCAACUGUUACUGCUCUUCGACCACAGAGAUUUCCUGUCCGGCCUCCUCUCGAGCCACCAGUACAUAGUUCUGAUUCCGGCUCUUCACGAAUGAUUGUGCACGAGGAUAGUGGCCUACGAUUACCCCGUGUCAGUCAAGGCAGUGUGCUUGAAGUGCCACCCAGGUAUACUGUUGGAUGA